AGAUGUUUUACAGAAAAUUCAUUAUAUAUUUCUAAACGGUUAUUCAGGAGGUGUAGAAUGUUGAGAUUCUAAAUUCCUGGCACUGGAAGACGUGGGAUGGAGGACACGACAUUGAUAUAAAAAUUUCAACAAUUUCUCGUAAUAUAUGAUGUUGGCGCUUCGAUUAUACAAGACCGAGACCAAGAAGGACCAUUCAAUUGUUAGAUGUAAUCCUUUCCUAAAAAUAUCUGAACUUGUCUAUCUAGUGUCAAUAAUCGCUUCGCUACACGCUAAAAUGUCCGAAGAUGACUCGCCAACGCGCAACAGAUCCAUAUCACGUGGUGACCCAGACGAACACGAGGAAUUGGCUCUCGGUCCGGCAGCGUUAGGCCUCCACCGCGUCGGAACACUUCCACCUAAACCGCAACCAACACAACCGAUACAAGUACUUAACGCACGUGGAAUGCCAGCUCGAAUUCGCAAGAAAAAUAAACUGUUCUUUGACGACGACAUUGUUAACGACAGUAAACAAUUGAGAAGUAGCGUAUCACCGAGAAAAUCAUCGAAACCAUCAUCGCCCGCUAAGACUCCGGUCAAAGUAAUGAAAAGCAGAAAAGGUAUUGCUUCAAAAUACAUGAAAGUGAAAGAAGACGAUAAGGAAGAAAUUAUUCGAAUUCCUUCGCCAAAUUCUUUCGUUAUUCCGUUCGAUAAGAGAAUUGGGCAACGAAUUGGUUUGCGUUUAAGGAAUCUACUGAAGCUACCAAAAGCCCAUAAAUGGGUUAGCUUCGAAUGGUUUUAUUCAUAUAUUGACAAGCCAUUGUUUGAUGGUGAAAAUGACUUUGAAAUAUGUUUAAAGGCUGCGUUUCCUCAGCUGAAAACGCGAAUGCUAACCAGAGCGGAAUGGUCAAAGAUUCGUUCCAUGAUGGGUAAACCGCGGCGAUGUUCACAAGCUUUUUUCGACGAAGAGCGUCGUGAAUUGGAGCGGAAACGACAAAAAAUUCGUUUUCUACAGAUCCGUAAGACAGUAACGGACCCGAAUUUCAUCAAGGAUUUGCCGGGCGAAAUACCGCUCCCACUUCCGGUGGGUACUAAAGUCACAGCAAGAUUGCGACAACCUCAAGAUGGAAUAUUUACUGGUGUGGUAGAUGCGGUUGAUACAUUGACUAGUACAUACCGGAUAACAUUUAAUCGACCUGGCCUCGGCACACAUUCUAUACCUGAUUAUGAAGUGGUAGCUAACGAUUUUAGUGAAACUCUUCCACUUUCAAGUCUGACGCAGGAAUUCAGACCGCGAUUUGGUGCACGAUCGUCUCUUAUAUCGCCGUCACGUUUCUCUCGCAAUUCAUUAAACAAGAGCGAUCCACUUUUAGGGCAAGAGCUCUAUGAGAGCCAAUUCAAGAAUCCAGUUAUAGCACGCGAAACCAUCGGUGGAUUUCCAAUCAAAUUACUGGAGUUGAUUGUUCGCCUUAAGAAAACCUUGGCCUUCAAACAAUCUAAACUGCAGCGCUUACGUGAUAUGAACACAGAAGCAGAAAUGCACAAAUCCCAUGGAGAUGCUUAUCCAGAAGAUUUUCAACGCCGUUACGCGGGCAUCGUGAUAUCAAUGGAGAAACUUAACAAAGACCUACAGGACUAUUUGAAUCAAGUUCAAACAUAUGCUUCGGAAUUAACAAAAGAACCUCACAUUCAAGCUAUGUUGGCUCCAAGUUACCUAAGAGAAAAAUGUCGCGAGCUCGCUGAUGAAGCAGUGCAGCGGAACAAUCAAAACACGGUUCAAGAUGAUAAUAUCCUGAGUCUGAUAACCGAUUUGGCAACAUUAAUGCUUGUUGCAUCGCAUCUUUCUUCCGGUGACAAUGUUCAUAUCCUUAAAGUGCUUGAAGGCUGUGUCGAGGAAGUCAAGAAUCGCUUAGAUUCCGACAACGUUGAAGUAUUUCAGAAGAAUGUACAAAUUCAUAUGCAUCAUAUUCAGCUGGGUUUAGGCCAAUUAGCAAACAGUUUUAAUAGCAGUAAUACUAGCAAUGGAAAUGUUGAGGAGGCGUCGAUUUAUUGAAGUGAAGAGCAAAGGGCUUAGAAAGUAUGAGGAGGGCAGUCUAAACAUAGUUUAAUUCUGAUUUAUUCGUUUGCGUCGUGUAUUUUAUGAUUCAGAGUUCGCUGUAAAAAUUAUUAAAAACUAUAUUGUUUUACAAAUAUAUUGACUAAUAAGCAUAAAAUGUUCUAUCUUUUAUUAAUUUUGGAUUAGCGACCUCGUGAUUACGAUUGUAAUCACAUAAACGUGUAAUUAUAAUCCUGUAUUUUCAGUCGCUAUUGCUUAAUCUCGCUGUUUAAUAA